UGAACCCAGAUAGGUCAGAAACCCAGUCAAUCAGGGCUUUCCAAGACAUAUUUUCCAACUGUAACAUUUCCCAUGGGAUUCAUGAUCCAACAAUGCAGCUGCGCUGGCAAGCACCUACAAGUAUCGGAUACACAUUCAUUGGUAGACAUGUGCAGUUGGAACCAAGUCGUGAUAAGUACAAGGUUCAUUUAAAAAUAUAAGAUAGCUUGGUUUUGGAGUCCCUUUUGGGGUAAUUACGUGUGGAUUUCUCACAAUUGGUAGUUACCAGGGGUUGUAAUAUCACAGCUCCUUGAAAUCUAGAAUUUAUGGGAUAUAAUCCUACCACUCUAAGUUUUAUAUCUAAAUGUGUGA